CCGUUUUGGGGUAACUCCCAAACAUCACACAUCAGAUCAGUUGGUCACAAUGAGUUCAUCGGUCGACAACGAACAGGAAGCAACAGAAGGAAGAAGAAACUUGUUUAGAAAUUCGCUUACAGUUGGAAAGCAAAAAGAAGGAGAUAAUGGAGAUCUUCAGGCACCCCAUUCCAGUGUUUUCUUGGUGGUCGCUCGCCGUGUCAUCGGCAUUAUUUUGUUUGUCGUCGUUUUGGGUACUCUGGUCUUGUCGAAACUCUCAUUUUUGGCAAUGGCGCAUCACUUCAAUGACACAAAAUCGUCGCUAGACCAUCAAUCACAUGACAAUUGGGAAAUAAGAAAGGUGGCUAAUUUUUGGCGUGUUCUCAUCGCACUCAUCGUUCCGAAUUUAUUUUCUUUUGUACGCUGCGUUUGGUGCGGUCUAAUCAGUCGCACAAGAAGAAACUACCCUUGGCCGGCUAAGUCAGCCAUAGUGGCGGGAUUCGUCACGUCAGUUGUGGAGAGUAUUGCUCUUUGCAUAUUUGCUUUCAUUCUAGCUGCUCGAAUUCCUAACACUGCGCUAACUAUAACUCUCAUGAGCGGAGUUUUCAGUGGUACCAUCGUUAAUCAAAUACGUCGCAGUCACAAUUUUAUGCGUAGAAGAAGUGAAGGUCACGUCCAAGUGGCUGCUGAAUACGAACAGUUCAGAGUACCGCGCAAUUACCGUUCGCGACGAUUUGAUGUCGAAGAUGAAUACGAACAAACAGGAAUGCGCACUAUGGAUAGAGAAAAUAGUCAGAGUCAAACGAGAACGAAGUCUUGUUGGAGAGUGUUGCGUGCAAAAGUGCAAGCGUUCUGGAAAAAUAAGCGAUACCGUACUAUCGCUACAUGGAUUGCACUCAUUCUCCAGGUCGGUAGCAUUGCAGCUCUUGUCAUGGUACUCUUAAUUUUCGAAAAACAAUUUGACAGUAAUCACCGGGGUGUGCUCGUUUCCAUUCCGAUCGCUCUAGUCUUGCUGUCAAUUGUAUGGUGUUCGGCUGUUCAGGAAUACUUGAACACACCUCAGACCAUUCCUGCCGACGGUCGACCGAUGGCAAGUGCUCGCUGGAAGAAUGGUAUUCUGACUGGAUUAUGGAGAAUAAUGUCGCUUCCGACUGUCGCUAUAAUUAUGGCAUCCAUCAAUUAUGUGAAUUUGAAUAUAGAACUGAAAUAUCUCGGAGAAGGCUUGAAACGUUUGAGUGAUAAUUUGUCAGAAGAUACAUAUUUUCUCAUUAACAUCUUUUGUACUUGGGGAGCCUACAUAGCGUCAUGGUUAGCGUGUACGGUACGAAUGGGUACGAUCGGAUUUGUUUUGCCCUUGUUGUUAGCCACUCCUGUCGCCGUCGUGACAACCAUUGGUCUUUGCGUGAAGCACCAGUUGACCGAUUUGGUAACUUGUGGUGAUGAUAUCCAUGAUUCAUUUUAUGCAUACGGCAUCGUUCCCAUGCUAUUGGGUCUCUUGUGGAUAUCUCAAAUUAUCUGCUGUCUCUUCUACGUGUGGCGGACGCAACUCAUUCCAUUAAUGAAAGAAGAAGACCUCUUUAUUCAGUCAUAUUACAAUUGUCCUUUUACCGAACAGAGUCUGAUGCUUAACAGAAAGACGGAGUUUGACGAUGAGAAAGUCAUAGAUCCGCAAGAAGUCGCUCGUAAAAGUCGCGUGUUCGUCUGCACGACCAUGUAUCGAGAGCAGCUGCACGAGCAGAGACAACUUCUCGAAUCUAUUCACGGUAUAGCCAAAGAACAAGCGAGAGAGAAAAUUCGCUCAUUUGAAUCUCACAUCUUCUUCGACGGUGGUGCUAAAGGCUGUCAUACAACAGAAUUUGCCAAUCAGCUUUUCAGUCUUCUCCACGACGCGCUAAGAAUCAACCUGAGUGACGGCAAAAAGUGGGAGACUCCAUACGGGCUACAGAUACGGUGGGAAUUGCCCGGAGAUAUGCCUUUCUACGUACAUCUGAAAGACCCACACAAAGUGAAAAAGAAGAAACGUUGGAGUCAAGUAAUGUACAUGUCGUACGUUCUCGACUUUCGCUGUCCGAGAUCAGAAGACGACGACGACAACACAUUUAUUCUGACGACCGAUGCCGAUAUCGUGUUCGAUCGCGAUGCCGUCGAAAUCGUGCUCGACCUUUUGUGUCGCGACCAACUCGUCGGCGGGGUAUGCGGUCGCGUUCAUCCUCUCGGCAGCGGUCCGGUCGUCUGGUACCAAAAGUUUGACUAUGCUAUCGGUCAUUGGUUCCAAAAGGUAGCCGAACACGUUCUCGGCUCGGUAAUGUGCUGUCCGGGAUGUUUCAGUGUCUUUCGAGGACGCGCUCUACGUGACGUCUUGCCCCAAUAUGCAACGAAAGCGGAUAAAGCCAACGAUUUCUUGACCAAAGACAUGGGGGAAGACCGCUGGCUUUGCACGUUGAUGGUCGAGGCCGGUUGGCGACUAGAAUACGCGGCCAGUGCCGACAGUUCGACGUUCUGUCCCGAUACUUUCGACGAGUUUUAUAAACAACGUCGACGUUGGACGCCGUCGACGAUGGCAAACUUGAUGGAGUUGUGUUCCAAUGCCAAGAAAGUCAUAAGUAAUAACGACGCCGUGUCUAUCGUCUUUAUCAUUUAUCAGGCAGCCAUGAUUUUCUCGACCAUCAUCUCACCCGGUACGGUCAUCCUCGUCAUGUCGGCCGGUAUUAGUUACGCGUUUAACUCUUCGAAACAUUACGACAGUGGCGGGACGUACAUCGCGUUUCUUGUUAUUUUCCUUUUUAUGGCCUUUCUCUACGGCGUCGUGUGCAUCUGGUGUCGGCAGGAUACGCAACUAAAGACGUCGAAAGUUUUGACUUUUAUUUUCGCCAUCAUCAUGGCCGCUGUCGCUGUGGGAGUGGUCGUGCAGAUUGUGAGUGGACUCGAAGGACCGGAGGUACCUACACCUUCGCAUGUCAACUCGUCGAGUCCGACUCAGACCAGCAAAGGAAUCUCACUGGAACAUGUGGCUAUUAGUACUUGGUAUCUAGCCGCACUCGCUUUGCUGUUCAUCAUGGCCGCUCUUCUUCAUCCGACCGAGUUCUUUUGUCUCUUUCAUGCUUUAUGGUAUCUUCUCUGUCUUCCUUCUGGUUAUCUCUUUCUUAUAAUCUAUUCGAUCUGCAAUCUAAACGAUCGCUCUUGGGGAACUCGCGAGACAGUCAAGCAAAACACCGAAGGUCAGAGUAUGUGGUCUGUAGUUCGAUCUUUCAUUGAUAAAUUGAGAGAUGCGUGUGGCUGCUGCGAUUGCUGUCACCCUCCGAUCCCAAGCAAGCCAUCGACACCGGAAGCACGAGAUUUCCGAUCUGUAGAAGUACAAACGAUACCGAGUGAUGGCGAUGGCGAAGAAAGUGACCGUCAAAUCUCCGUUUUGUCUGCACAACGAACAAGAGGCGAAGAACGACCGCCGACCGCAGGUAUUUCCAUCAGAACGUUUCUUCAGACAAUUGGGCUUACGGAUAGUGUUUAUGCCGACAAGUUUGAAGCUGCAGGUUAUACUGACACGUCGUUUUUUAUCAAAAUGCAAGAGAAGGACAUCAGAUCUCUGGGAGUGGAGAAGACUGGUCUUGUCAUGCGAGUAAUGAGAGCGAUCGACGAUCUUCCCGACACAUCUGUACCACGUCGCGUUCCGGAUAAUGUAUCAGAUUGGUUGCUGUCGCUUGGUCUACUUCAUUAUAGAGAGCAGUUUGCAAGAGCUGGAUAUGAGGGGAAGAGUGAUAUAGCCAAUCUCGUCUCUAUAAAUCGAAAUGUUCUACAACACGAAAUUGGAGUAACAAAGCCAGGACAUUUGAGAAAGCUGGAAAUGGCCGUGAAAAUGAUCAAGCAUCCAUCUGAUCGCGAGGUGGCAAUAAUAAAAGCAAAGGCUGCUAUUGACGAUUUACCCAAACAAAAGUUGGAUGACAACGAAAAUGGAAAACUUGAAUUCGAUUUUUGGCAAGAAUUAAAGACGCAAGUUUUGGAGCCAGACUCAGAGGAAUACGAAGAGGUGGAAACACUAAAGCAAAAACUGAAGGAACUCCGUAACGAGACGGUUCUAGUAUUUGCUGUGACGAACAUCAUUUGGAUAGUUCUUAUUACCAUGCUAGGCGUUCAUGCCAAUUUGUCUGUUUUCCACACCAACGCUCUUGGGCUUGCUUUCUUAGCAGUGUACGGACUCAUUUUUCUCAUUCAGUUUCUCACUCUCAUUUGCCACCGCCUCAUUACUCUCAUUCACACUCUCUCUCACCGUGUCCGUUUUGGCUCCAGCGUUAUGCCUAUUGGAUUUGAAAGAGGACAAGACGAUGUGGAUGAUUUGUCCGAUUGCGAGGAAGCCCAAAUUUACUUUCCAAGGGAAAGGCCUCACCAUCAACACCAAGACAAGAGAGUUCGCCAAUCGUUGCAAAGGCUUCUUAGCUCGUCAUCGUCGAAGAGACGCACUCGGUCAUGCAACUUCACCGACGAGGAGCGUCCGCUUGUCACAUCUAGCAGAAGCAGAAGGCAUAUCUAUGGAGAAGAAGAGGCACUUGGUGAUCAUGAAGAACGUCAAACUGUACAGUGAAACCUCUAUAGUUAUCACAAUUACUGUCGUUAGAUGUAGACAUGAUUUGUGUCUUUCAGUGAACAUGUUGGCUAGAUUGUGUUGCGCUGAGAUAACUUCAUGGAAAUUAACUAUGCAUGGUUAUUAACUAUUAUAGCUAUUCAUACUUAUUAACUAUGCAUUUUAUAGGUUUUAGGUCUGGUGAUGACUUUCAAUAGUAAUUUGUUUUCUACA